AUGCCUGAACUCCCAUCUGCACUUGAUGGGUGGGAGAAGUGGGAGGGCCAGGACCCCCAGCGUUGGCCUGGGCUAUACGCGGCAGGAAGAGUGCUAGAGAAAGUCAAAGUCAAGUUAACUGAUCAUUUUGAUGAAGAGACAGCGAAUAAUGUCAUGCUUGAAAUCAAAGAACAGACGAAAACCGAGGUCCAAGCAAUUGCCAAGAAAACAGCCGACAGAUUGAGCGAGAUACUCAAUGAUCAAGAUGCCACCACACAGGACAGAGACAGGGCUUCCACACUAUUGAAGGAAGUAACUCCCAAGAUGGAAGUGAAAUGGCAGGAAGCUUGGAUCAAGGGAUUGGCCACCCAGUACCCCGGGCCUACAGAAGCGGCCAAAGCAGAGAUUAAACAAGAGGAUGAGGGAAGACCCGUACCCAGACGAUGCUACGUCCGCGAGAAGCUGUGUACGCUGGACAGCACUCCGGAUGAUACCAAGAGAGAAGACUGGUUCGAAACAGAGGUUUGUGCCGUUGUCCGCAUGGGCCAUUGCUAA